AUGGAAGAACUGCUUGAAGGGACCUUGCGCGUGGCUGUUGGAAGAUGGAGGAGAGACACCCAUCGCAAGUGGCCGGCUGGAGAAACGACGCCGGCGUCGCACGUGGUUGCAGGGGGUUUUCACGUUGACGAUGAUGUAAUCAUAGCUAGCAAUGAUAUGACAACAUUAGAAGAUCUUAUAAGAAGGCUUAAUGAUAGGUUUGAACUGAAAGAUUUGGGUAAGCUAAUAUACUUCUUAGGCUUGGAAGUAGCUCGGUCAGACAAGGGGAUAUUCAUUUCACAAAGACCAUAUGCCUUGCAACUUCUUGAAGACUUUGGUUUCGUAGGGUGUAAAUUUGUCAGUACUCCCAUGGAGCCUAACCUGAAGUUUAGUCAAGAAAAAGUGGAUAGAUUGAGUCAGUUAAUUGCAACUCCAAUGCUUCCACAUCCGAAUGUAGCAAACAAGUUAUUAAAAUAUGUCAAAGGCUUUCCAGGUUUGGGACUUCUUGUCCCUGCUAACUAUGAAAUACAACUUAAGGCAUAUACAGAUUCAGAUUGGGGAGCUUGCCAAGAUUCAAUGAGAUCAACAACAGGCUUAUGUGUACUGCUUGGUAAGUCCUUGAUAUCUUGGAAGAGUAAGAAACAACACACAGUGUCAAGGUCAUCAACUGAGGCAGAGUAUCGAGCAAUGGCCAGCACAAUCUGUGAAGUUGUUUGGUUACUUUCAGUUUUGAAGGAACUUAAAUUGGUUCGUAAAGGACCAGUUGAGUUGUUUUGUGACAAUCAGGCAACACUAUACAUUGCAGCAAAUCCAGUGUUCCAUAAAAGAACAUAG